AUGGACCUCCAUCGCUGUCGCUUCGUUCCCUACCCUCCCUCCGCCAUCAACGCCCUUGCCUUCUCCCACCCCGUCGCCCGCUCAAAGAACCAGGCCGCCCUCUCGCGCCUCGCCGUUGGCCGCGCCAAUGGCGACGUCGAGAUCUGGAACCCCCUCGCCGGCGCCUGGCACCAGGAGACCGUCCUCCGCUCCGGCGCCGACCGCUCCGUCGACGGCCUCGUAUGGGUGAACGAGCCCGAAGACGACCGCGCCCGCCUCUUCAGCAUCGGCUACACCUCCGCCGUCACCGAAUGGGACCUCGCCGCCGGUCGCCCCCUCCGCCACGCCAGCGGCCAGCACGGCGACAUCUGGUGCCUCGCUGCCCAGCCCCCCGCCUCCCCCCAGGACCCAGUCACCCGCCUCGUCGCUGGUACCAUUGACGGCAUGCUCGCCCUCUACUCCCUCGAGGACGGCGACCUCCGCUUCCAGCGCCUCCUCGUGAAGUCCCCCACCCGCAAGGCCCAGAUGGUCAGCAUCGCCUUCCAGUCCCGCCACGUCGUCGUCGUCGGCUGCUCCGACUCCACCCUCCGCGCCUACGAUAUGCGCAACGGCUCUAUGUUGCGCAAGAUGGGCCUCGGCGCCGACCUCGCCGGCGGCGCAAAGGACAUCAUCGUCUGGAGCGUCAAGGUUCUGCCCUCCGGCGACAUCGUCUCCGCCGACUCCACCGGCCAGGUCUGCAUCUGGGACGGCAAGACCUACACCCAAAUGCAGCGCAUCCAGAGCCACAGGCAGGACGUCCUCAGCCUCGCCAUCAGCGCCGACGGCUCCGCCAUCCUCAGCGGCGGCAUGGACCGCCGCACCGUCCUCUACAAGAAGACCUCGGGCUCCGGCGCAAGAUGGGGCAAAGUCUGGAGCAGGAAAUACCACGAUCACGACGUCAAGGCCAUGGCCUCGUUCGAGAGCAGCAAGAUGAGCGUCGUCGUCUCGGGAGGCCCCGACGCGUCCCCCGUCGUCCUCCCCCUGAAGGAACUCGGCCGCGAGAACCACAGAACCCUCUCGAGCCUCCCCCACUCGCCGCCCCUGGCCAGCGCCCCGUCGGCGAGGAUGGUCGUGAGCUGGUGGGACCGCGAGAUUCACAUCUGGAAGCUGCAGAGCUCCUUUGACGGGCUGUACGACGGCAACGCCGCCGACCUCGACAAGAACCGCAAGCUCCUCAAGACUAUCCUCGUCAAGGGCGAGUCCAACAUCACCUCGGCCGCCAUCAACCACGACGGCUCCUUCCUCGUCGCCGCCACCGGCACCGACGUCAAGGCCUUCCACCUCCAGCACCAGGACCCCACCCGGCCCUCGGACGUCAAGCUCGCCUCCGUCGCCGUGCCCAAGCCCCUCGCCGCCCACGGCGCCGCCAAGGUCGUUCUGUCCCCCGACGGCGCGUGGCUCGCUGCCGUCCAGGACGGCUCCAAGGUCCUCGUCGCCAAGGUCGCCCGCGACGGCGACAACGGCACCACAGUCACCAUCCAGAAGCCCCGCAUCGUCAACCGCCUGCGCCGCAACAUCCCCAAGAACCAGGCUCUAGGCGGCCUCGGCAACUACGAGAGGAGCAUCACUCAGCUCGCCUUCUCUCCCGACGGCCGCAUGCUCGCGUCCGCGGACCUGGCCGGCUACAUCGACACCUGGGUGCUUCAGAGCGCCGAGGACGGCGCCAACGCCGACGACAAAGCUGCGUCGGCCUCCGACAGCGAAGACGACGACGACUCGAGCAAGGGGGACGACGCUGCCACUCCCGCUGACGAGCGCUGGGUCCGCAACCCCCGCGCCGCCCUCCUGCCCAAGCUCCCGGCGUGUCCCGUCGUCCUCUCCUUCUCGGACGAGACGACGACGACCACCGACGCCGCCGCGACAGAGUACACCCUCGUGGCCGUCACGACGGCGUGGCACAUCCUCGCCUUCCACCCCACCGCCGGCUCCCUCACCUCGUGGUCCCGCCGCAACCCCGUCUCCAGGCUGCCCGCGACGAUCCGUGACACCCGCGACCUCGCCAAGGGCCUGCUCUGGCAGGGCCCGCGCGUGUGGAUCUACGGCGUCUCCUUCCUCUUCAUGCUCGACCUCUCCCAGGACCUCGCCGCCCCCACUGGCGCGACAACCGACCCGGAGACCGCCGUCGUCCCGCAGCAGCAGCAGCAGCAGCAGCGCCAGGCCGGCACGAAGCGCAAGCGCAAGGGACCCGAGAGCGGCGCCGGCGCGCGCAUGGCCAUCGGCGCCAUCGCUCCGCACCAGGUCGACCGCUUCGUCGGCUCCAAGGCCUCCAAGGAGUGGCAGGACGACAUCGAGAAGAAGCUCGCCCGGGACGAGGACGCCAUGGAGGUUGACGACUCCGCCGACGAUGACGACGACGACGACAACGACGACGGCAGCGAGAGCGAGGGCGGCGAGCUCGCGGCCCUCCGCAACCGGAACCAGGAGACCCAGACCGAGGAGGGCGCCGAGGGCAAGACGCGGUGGUGGUACACCUACAAGUACCGUCCCAUCCUGGGUAUAGCGCCCCUCUCCUCGGGCCCUGCCGCCGCCGUCGUCGACGACGCAGGCAGCAAGACCCCCUCCCUCGAGGCCGUCCUCGUGGAGAGGCCGAUCUGGGAGGUGGACCUCCCCGAGCGGUACGUUGGUGCCAACGAGUGA